GACCGAGGGACCGGCCGCAUAAAGCGUCUCUGGACAUUCCGCACAAAACCUGCUCUUCCCCAUUCAUAUUUCACACAUCUGGGGUAUAACGUCUGAAAAUAAAGGAUCGAGACGUCAAGAUGAGCGCAAUGGACGUGAAGAAGCUGAAAGUGAACGAACUGAAGGACGAGCUGAAGAAGAGGAGUCUGUCUGAUAAAGGGCUAAAGGCUGAGCUGAUGUCCCGGCUGCAGGCCGCUCUGGAUCAGGAGGCGCUGUCCGCCGACACCAACGGUUCUGAAGGACUCAGCUUUAUGGGCGAUCAAGACCUUGACGAAGAUCUGGCUGGAGAGAGCAUGGAUCCUGAUGAGGAGGAGGAUGAGGAUGGAGAGAACGCGGAGGCUGAGGAACAGCAGGAUGAUGACAUGGAGGAGGAGGAGGAGGAGGAGGAUGCCGGGUAGAGAUGGAUAAAUCAGAUGAAGAUGUCCUGCUCAAAGAAGAUGAUGAAGAAAUUGAAAAAUUUGAUGAUGAUGAUGACGUGGCUCUCGACAUGGGCCCUGGCGAGGGGGAUGCGGACAAAGACAAGAAUGAUGAACAGAAGAAUAAGAAGGGUGUAAAGAGACGCCGAGAUGAACAUGGAAGGGGCUACUUUGAAUUUAUUGAAGAAAGCAAAUACAGCCGGGCGAAGUCUCCCCAGCCCCCUCUGGAGGAAGAGGAUGAAGAGUUUGAUGACACGACUGUGUGUUUGGACACCUACAACUGUGACCUGCACUUCAAGGUGUCUCGGGAUCGGUACAGCGCCUCCUCUCUCACCAUGGAGAGCUUUGCCUAUCUUUGGGCAGGGGGGCGAGCGUCUUAUGGUGUGGCAAAGGGCAAGGCUUGCUUUGAAAUGAAGAUUAUCGAGAAGAUACCUGUAAAACACAUUUCCAGUAAAGGAACUGAGAUUCAUGAUGUGCUGGUGGGUUGGUCACUGUCAAACAGCUCUCUUCUGCUAGGGGAGGAAGCACACUCAUACGCCUUUUCAACUAAGGCCAAGAAAACCAGCAACGGUGUGACAGAGGACUUUGGGGAGGCAUUUGAUGAGAAUGAUGUUGUCGGAUGCUUUAUAAAUUUUGAUGGGGAAGAAGUGGAAAUUUCCUUCUCCAAGAAUGGACAGGAUCUGGGAACAGCUUUUAAAUUCAGUAAGGAUGAGCUUGAGGGGAAGCCGCUCUUCCCUCACAUCCUCUGCCACAACUGUGCGGUUGAGUUCAACUUUGGCCAGCGUGAAACACCGUACUUCCCCCAACCUGACGGCUUUACUCUCCUGCAGCACAUCCCCGUUUGCGAGCGCAUCAGAGGACCAAAGGGGCCUGAGACCAAAGAAGACUGUGAGGUCAUUGUCAUGGUCGGACUGCCUGGAUCUGGAAAAACUGAAUGGGUAACAAAGCACACAGAAGCCAACCCUGGAAAAUACAACAUUCUUGGGACAAACACCAUCAUAGAAAAGAUGAUGAUUUCCAGUUUAAAACGUCAGCUGAAAGAUGUCACAAAGCUCUCAGCAAUAUCUCAGCGUGCUCCUCUCUUCCUCGGGAAAUUCAUCGAGAUCGCUGCGCGUAAAAAACGCAACUACAUUCUUGACCAGACUAACGUAUCGGCACCAGCCCAAAGAAGGAAAAUGUGCCUGUUUGCCGGGUUCCAGCGUAAAGCUGUGGUAGUCUGUCCAACAGAUGAGGAAUAUAUACAGAGGACUCAGAAAAAGGCAGAAACAGAUGGAAAAGAUGUACCUGAACACGCAGUCCUAAAAAUGAAGGGAAUAUACACGCUGCCUGUGGAAGGUGAGUGCUUCACCGAAGUGGUUUAUGUCGAGCUGCAGAAGGAAGAAGCGUCCAAACUUCUUGAACAGUACAAGGAGGAGAGCAAAAAUUCCCUUCCUCCUGAGAAGAAACCCAAUCAGGGAGGUGUACAGCUUAAGAGGGGAGGCAUUCGAGGACGAGGAGGCAAAAAUCUGUUCAACCGUGGCGGAGGACAGGGUCAGAGGGGAGGACGAGGGGCCUUUCAACACCGAGGCAACUUUAGGGGUGUGCCUGGACCGCGCGGGGGGUUCAGCAGACCACCGAGGGGCUUCCUUCCUCCCCCUGCCUUCAGAGGCGGGUUCAAUCGGGGGGGUUUUAACCGUGGUGGUGGUGGGAUGCCUAACAGGGGUGGUGCCCCCAGGCCAGGACAUGGGCGGGGCAAUAUGGUUAACAUGGGCAACAGGGGAGGAGCCAUGCACAGGGGCAACAUGGGAAGAGGGGCCAAUCGAGGAAACUUCAACCAGAAGUUCAGGGGUCGAGGAGGAAAUAAUCGAGGUUUUAAAAAUGGCAACUUUAGCAUGAACAAAGCACAAGCUUUCAACCAGAGCUGGCAACAAGGGUUCUGGAAUCAGAAGCCAUGGAGUCAACAAUACCAUCCUGGAUAUUACUGAACAAUCGCUGUGAUGGACUGAUAUCACAUAAAAGCUUUAACUUCAGAAGUCAUUCAUUUAACAUAAUGUCCUUUUGUUUUUGUACAGAUUUUAAUACAUUGAGGAGAAAUGACUCUGGAGCUUUCAGAGCUUCACAGGUUUCUUUUUUUUUUUUCAACUAAUACUUAGUGUUUGUCUUUGACCACAGAUUUGUAUGACAACGUGGUUCAAUUCAGGGAACUCGGUAUAACUUCAGGGUGGGAUGUUUGUCUUUUAACAGCUUUCAGGGUUUUACUUUUAAUUAGUCUUGUGUGAAUCUUUGUGUAGCAGUUAAGCUGUGUAUACUACUGUCGAGGCACGAGGCAUUUGAACAAUACUGCAGUCUAUUUAUAAAUGUGUGUGUUUUUUGAAUCAGUGGUUUCAAUGUUUUUGGGGACAAGGCAAGCAAAGCUGCAAAAAGCCAUCCGAUUUUGAACAUUUAACUUUUUUUUUUUCCGUCAGGAGCAAUAAACAGCAUUUUUGGCUUGCCUCUAAAAAAGUGAAAGCAGAAUAGAUGAUUUUAUUAUUGUGGGAUCAUGAUAUUAUUUAUGUGUAGUUUAUUUAAGAGAUUUUUUUUCCAGCUGUAUUUUUACAAAUGUAAUUUAUUGUGAAAUGUGGCUUACUGCUCUUUUAAGGUUUUAAUCUACGUUUAGUGUCAUAAUAUAUUUUGUUCUUUUUGGUAAUUAUUUUACUUUUUAAAAGUGUUCAUGGUUUACAAAUCAGUUGCAAUCUUCUUUAAUAUAACCUUAGAUGUGACCACAAUUUUGUAGACCUGUAAACAUUUGUAGAUGGCUUCAAAAGUAUAUUAAAUAACACUACUCGAAUUGUUCUGCAUCCUCUUUCUCCAUGAAACAGUGAUUAUACAUUUAUUUAUCUGUAUUAAAGCUUUCAAAGGAUGUCAGGGUGCCAUUGUGGACUGUUAACAAGACUGAUUUUGCAUAACUAUGAAAUAUUGCCAAUAGGAUGAUUGGUUAUUCUUUAGUGACUGAAAUAUGCAUAUAGAUUUAUUUUUUCUUUUAUUUUUACUGCUGUAGAUAAUCUCAUAUCAGUGUUAUUAAGAUCUCCAUUGUCCCAGAUUUCUGAUGCAAAUGACUAAUGUGUUUUUAGAUAAUUGUUGGCUAAAAAAUAUGGCAGAUAUUAGGAACAUUAAAUUGUAUUACUUUAAAAGUAUGUUUGUAUUAUGAAAUUAUUUAUGGCAUGUGUGAUGUAGGACAUAAAAAGAAAAAAAAUGAAGGUGAUUUGUUUUGAUGUUGUAUUUGUUCUUGUUUAAGGUAUUUGUUCAGGUAAAAAAAUAUAGUAUUGAGAUUCUAACAGUUUGUAAUAUACACCUUUUUCCUUCUUUCUUUUUAUACCUUGCUAGGUUUUGUAUUUUACCUUUAAUCAAGAAGAAAAACAUCAUAAAGAUGAAAUGAGUAACUUAUUCCAUGCAUUCUUUUUUUAAAUAGAAUGUUUUUAAAUGAUAAUAAAGUUUGACGAAAAUAACUAGCGUA